ACCAUUGUUGAAAGCUUAACAAUAAAAUUUAAAUUCAAGAAAAAGAAAAAAAUAUAUAUUGGUAAGGCAAGGAAUGACAGAAGCCCCAGACUCAGAUCCAGUGUAACAAGUCAAACACUGUCAAUCUCCUCUGAUAGCCUUCUCCAACACACUAAAACAGUACAACUCACUCAAAGAAGUUUCAUUUUUUUUAGUAUUUAAGAGUUUGUAGACAAUCCAAACAAACUAAACAAAAGGGCAAAUUUUAACUUAAUUUACUAAUGUAACCCUCCCUUCUUUUUCUUACAGGACAUAAAAGAUCAACUCCAGUCUGACUCUCUUCACUGUCUUGUCUUUUUUGUUUUGUUUUCCUUUGGUAUAUUGUAAAAUGGAGCAAUUAGCUGCUUCUUCUUCUUCUUACUCUUCGGCUGUUGAUGCGGGUACAACUCAGCACGAUCCAUCGGCUCCGGGUGGUUCAGGUGGAGCUCGGUACAAGCUAGUGGCUCCAGCUAAGCUACCGAUCUCAAGGUCGGCUUGUAUUACGAUCCCUCCUGGGCUUAGUCCUUCUUCUUUCUUGGAGUCUCCUGUUCUCCUUUCAGAUGUUAAGGUGGAGCCUUCACCGACUACCGGUUCUCUCUUUAAGCCUCAAGCGGUACAUGCCUCUGUUUCUUGUAAUACAUAUUCAGUGACUGCUGCGUGUUCUAAUGCUUUUGAUGAAAGAGAUUCAAGCUCCUUUGAGUUUAGACCCCAUCCUCGAUCGAACAUGGCUUAUGCAGAUUUAGAUUGUCAGAGAAGUGAUCAAUCUCGGCAGAUCCAAAUUCAAUACCAGCCUAUAUUGUUCAAUUCAUCUGCUUCAGUUAAGAGUGAGAUGGUAGCCUCAGAUGAAUUGAGCCUUUCAGUAGCUGUUAAUACUGCUACUUCCAUGGUUAGUACUCCUGCUGAAGUUGACGGAGAUGAAUUAAACCAGUUAGGUAACCCGAACAGCGGGUUGCCGUCAGGGCAGUCUGAUCAUAGAGGAUUUGGCCCUGUGUCAUCGGAUGAUGGAUACAACUGGAGGAAGUAUGGACAGAAACAUGUUAAAGGAUGCGAAUUUCCUCGCAGUUAUUACAAAUGUACACAUCCUAAUUGUGAAGUAAAAAAACUAUUUGAGCGAUCUCAUGAUGGACAGAUUACUGAGAUAAUAUACAAAGGUACACAUGAUCACCCUAAACCUCUGCCUGGCCGCCGAUAUUCUUCUGGUAAUAUCAUUACCGGCCACGAACAAAGAUCUGACAAGGUCUCAUCGUUGAAUGGUAGAGAUGACAAGCCAUCCUGUGGUUAUGGCCAGAUAGCUCAUAGUAUUGAGCCAAAUAGUACUGCAGAUCUAUCUCCUGUCACAGCUAAUGAAGAUAAUUUAGAUGAGAUUGAAGAUGAUGACCCGUUCUCGAAACGGAGGAAGAUGGAUGGUGGGAUUGAUAUCACUCCUGUGGUGAAGCCAAUCCGGGAACCACGUGUUGUUGUUCAGACCGUGAGUGAAGUUGAUAUAUUGGAUGAUGGGUACCGAUGGCGCAAAUAUGGGCAAAAAGUAGUACGAGGAAAUCCUAAUCCUAGGAGUUAUUAUAAGUGCACGAAUGCCUGUUGCCCGGUUAGAAAACACGUUGAGAGGGCGUCUCAUGAUCCAAAAGCUGUUAUAACCACAUACGAGGGAAAACACAAUCACGAUGUGCCUACUGCAAAGACCAGUAGUCAUGAUACAGCAGGACCAUCAAGGAUUAGAUCAGAAGAAAAUGGUGCCAUUAGCCUUGAUCUUGGUGUUGGCAUUAAUAUCGGUCCGGAACAUACUUCAAAUGAGCAUCAACGAUUACAUUCUGAACUGGCCCAAUACCGCCCUCAGAAUGGUUUCAACACGGUUCAACCUACUCCGCUGGCAACAUACUAUGGUGACAUGAAUCAGUAUGGAUCUCGAGAAAAUUCGAGUGAAGGGCGAGGUGUUGGAAUUGCACCCCUAAACCAUUCUUAUGCAUUGCCACAGAGCAUGGGAAGAAUACUAACAGGUCCAUAAAUCUGUUAACAAUGAAGGUGGCUGAAUAAAAAAUAUGGACAACAUUUCAUCCCCCCCCCCCAAUCUUUUUCACUGGUAAAAGAAAAGAAUCGUCUUCUGAAAAUCUGGAAUUUUCCUACUAUAUACAUAUGUAUAUAUGUAUGUAUUAGUUUACCAUUUCAGCUUAUCUUGUUAUGUUGCCAAUCACUAUUUGUAUUAAACCUGGGAGCUUGUACAAAAGUGGAACGGAUACAAUUUUAUUUUUCACAGGAAAGUGUUUGUAAAACAAGUUCUUGUAAUGGAAUUUGUAAGAAAUACAAUAUAUAUUUUCUAUCA